CCUAUCGUUAUAGCGCUGUUUUGCCGCAAUAGGAUCCGCAACACCUUAGAUCAACGUCAAAGCAUCAACGACCUAGAGCAACUUCCCUUUAUUCGACCGCUGCAACCGAUUACACGCGAUGUUCAUGUCAUGAGCCUAUGAAAGAACUCUCCAUGGAUCAAUAGAAUUUCGCAAUCACAAAAGACAUCACAUAACACCAUCAACCUCAUCCAUCACGAUAUCAUGGAGAACCUAUCUAUCGCCGAUGCCCCUCCACAGGGCCGCGGUGCGCCGCAACCGCUCCCCCAGUUGCCGCCGCAGAUGUUCACGACUGCAGCGCAGCUCCUGGAUCUCACAGACAAGAAGCUCAUGGUCGCUUUGCGCGAUGGGAGAAAGCUCAUCGGCGUGCUAAGAAGCUGGGAUCAAUUCGCCAAUCUCGUCCUCCAAUCUACCGUCGAACGUAUCUUUGCGCCCUCCCCCGAGUCAGCAGGUAGCGAUCGACCAACGGGUCUGUACGCCGAUAUAAAUCACGGCAUAUUCCUCGUCCGAGGUGAAAACGUGCUCCUCCUUGGUGAAAUCGACCUCGACAGGGACGACGACCCGCCUCCUGGCUUUGAGCUCGGAGAGCUAGACGUUGUCAAGAAGCUCGCAGAGGAGAAGAAAGCCGUCGACAAGGCAAGGGAGAAGGCGCGGGUCAAGAAGCUUGCGAAGCAGGGCUUUGAGGGGGAGAAUAUUGGCGAGAUCGUGCUCUAGAGGACGUUUGGAUAUUGGUAUUUAUCUCAAUUACAAGGCCUGGAAGCAGGUUCAGGUUGCCGGACGCUUAGAAGUGCUCUGGCUGAUGGUCAUUUGGGCAGAAUAUUGUGAAAUGCCCAUAUACCAUCAAGGAGAUGCUGGCUUGAGAAUGGGCUGGCUCUUCAGGAAUUAAAAAGCCUCGAUACAGUAGGUUAGAGGCGGAUAGCGCGUAUGAAUAUAUGAGCUUCACGACGCUA